UUCAAUUGAUCAUGCAAUCCGGAAAGCCAUUGGUUACGAAGCUCCCAAUCUCAGCUACCGUAUACGAGCUAAAGGCUGAGCUUCAGAGCCUUCUCAAUAUUGAGCCGGAAACAUUGGAGAUUUCUGCAUCUGAUGUAACGUGUCCCGAUUCAGAUCUUUUAAUAGAAUUUGCUGGUCUAGGCAAAAACAAACAAAUUAAGCCGGUUGUGUCUUGCUAUGAAGGCAACAAUUUUGUGGGCUUGAUACUAUUUUCCCUUGGGGGCGAGGAUUUCGCCGAUCCAUUAGUCGAUAAUUCGGUGUCAGACUCAAGUAUCGAAGAUAGUGAAUCUUCCGUCAUUGAGCUAUCCUCGGGAUCUAGUGGCGGAUCCGUCCAGCCAUCCACUAUUGAUUGCAAGCGAGGUAUUAAACGAAAAGCCCAAGGACAUGAAAUAACCAUAGAGACUAAACGGAUCAAAUAUGUUCUCGAAUCCAGUGAGGAGAGUCUAGAAAACCACUCGUAUGGAGAUAUGCAGGAGGCAUGCGAUAUGGGAGGCUGCGGAAUAAAGUCCCGACCACGCCCGGUUAAACAUGAAAUCGAAAUGGAACCUGAUGUUAUAAAUGGUCAGCGGCCCCCGUACGUUAACAUUCUCCCAGAGAACAGGCCGUUUGUCGUGGUUAUAUCUUCCUCAGAAUGUGAGAAAAACUUUUGCGACCUGUUGGAAGAGUUCUUUGGAAUUUUUAAGGAUUUCAGAAAUGUUCGCUGUUUGGAUUUCAAUUAAGUGACUCCAGACACUGAGUACAAUGGGCGGCUGUAGAUUGCAGCGGCCAAUGAGGAUACG